AGAGAAUAUUCAAGAUUAGUCACAAUUACGCAGUACUCGAAGGCAUGGAGAAAUCAGAAUUUUAUCAUUUGCAGCCAGUUAGCUAUUCCGGGUCGAUGAUAAUUGCUGCCGCUUACUUGCACAGUUUCUGCACCCAGGAAGCAACUUGAAGGGAUUAAAAGGAAACAAUGAGGUUUAAAAAAUUGGUACUGAGAGCGUCUUGUGGGCUCAGAGAUGGACUCAUCGGAACGAUCAACAAUUAGAAGUGAGCAGAAAUCCAGAAAAUUCUUAAAAAGUCUAAUAAGAAAGCAGCCUCGGGACCUUCUUCUUGUAAUUGGAACUGGGGUGAGUGCUGCAGUGGCCCCAGGAAUCCCCGCGCUGUGCUCCUGGAGAAGCUGCAUCGAGGCUGUGAUCGAAGCAGCUGAACAGCUGGAGGUGCUUCACCCAGGAGAUGUUGCUGAAUUUCGUAAAAAAGUGAUCAAAGAUAGAGACCUGCUUGUGGUCGCACACGAUCUCAUCAGGAAAAUGUCACCACGUACUGGGGAUACGAAACCCAACUUUUUCCAGGAUUGCUUAAUGGAGGUGUUUGAUAAUUUAGAACAACAUAUUCAGAAUCCCGUCGUUCUGCACUCAAUCCUGAGGCUCAUGGAGAGAGGCACAAUGGUUCUGACUACAAACUAUGAUAAUUUACUUGAAAUAUUUGGUCAGCAACAGGGUAAACCUAUGGAAUCUUUAGACUUGAAAGAUAAAGAUAAGGUUCUUCAGUGGGCAAGAGGUCAUAUAAAAUACGGAGUUCUUCACAUUCACGGCUUAUAUACGGAUCCUUGCGGCAUGGUGCUGGAUCCCUCGGGAUACAAAGAUGUUACUCAAGAUCCUGAAGUCAUGGGAGUUCUUCAAAAUUUGUAUCGAACCAAGUCUUUCUUGUUUUUGGGCUGUGGAGAGACUCUGCGGGAUCAGAUAUUCCAAGCUCUUUUUCUUUACACUGUAAAGAAUAAAGUGGAUUUAGAACAUUAUAUGUUGGUGCUUAAAGAGAAUGAAGAUCACUUCUUUAAGCUCCAGGCAGAUAUGCUGCUGCACGGAAUCAAAGUAGUGUCCUACGGGGACUGUUUUAAACAAUUUCCGGAGUACGUGCAAGAUCUGACUGCUCAAAUCUGCAAGCAGAAAAGUCCAGAUGCUGAUCGAGUGGACAGCACAACACUGCUGGGAACUUCGUGUGUGGACUGUGCCAAAAGGAAGUUAGGAGAAAAUGGCACUGACUCUCCUAAGAGAAUCAAGCAGUCAGACAAUGGUAUAGCCACUAUUUAAUGAAAACCCCACCCAAACAGAACCCAGCCCAGAAGCUUUUUAACAGUAGGUGUUUUACGUCUGCUGCAUGGGAAGUUUUAGACUGAGUAUUUCCAUGGUUUUAAGUGGAAUAAAACCUGUGCAU